AUGGACGAAGGAGUUUUGAGAGAAAUCUCUGAGAAGCUUAAGCCCAAGAAGUAUACUCCUGACCAAAUCAUUAUUAAGAAGGAUCAAACACUUGAAAUGAUGUUUUUCAUCGUGGACGGACGUGUAACCAUUGAAAAGGCAAAUUCUCAGUUGCAAUUAGGCGCAGGAGAUCUCUAUGGAGAGGAACUUCUAGUUUCGCCAUUGUGGACUUCCUCUGGUGAUGCAAAACCCAUAAAUGAGUCUGUUCGGGCCAUUGAUGAUGUUCAAGCCCUUGUUCUCUCUGCCACAGACAUGGCGACCUUGGGCUUUAGUUCCAGGCGGUCUAUCAACGAGUUGCGCAUGGUGGUAACUAUUCUUCAGAAAGUAAGCUCCUUUCUAUUUAGAAGACGUAUAUACAAUGAUGUUACUUACUUGAUUUAUAUAAUGUUCUCUUCAUGUUUGAGAAAUUAA